CUGUCCCUAGAAGCUUCUGAACCAAGUAGCAGUAGAAACCAUCUUCCAAAUUAAAUUAGGGUUCAUUAGGGUUUUACCAAAUAUUCCCGUUAUACCCUAAUUCCUUAUAUUAUUAUUAUAAUUAUAAUUCAGAAAUUAAAACCCAAUUUUCACAAAUGUUUCGUUCUAAACUCAUUGCAUGGGUUGUUCGCCGCUCCCUCCAUAACAAUUCUGUUUAUGAAUCAGUGGUGAAAGGAGGAGGUUUUAGGAAGUUUGGAUCAUCAUCAAUUCAUGGCCAAUACAAGAUUCCCCAUUAUUACAAUUACAGAAAUGUUAUGAAUUCGAGAUAUGGGCGAUGUCUUGGAACGGUUAAUGGAAAUGCUAGAGCGAUCCAUAGCACUUCAUACAUGGCUGCAAAAGAUUUUUAUGAUACGCUUGGAGUCAGUAAGAAUGCAACUGCGUCAGAAAUCAAGAAAGCCUAUUAUGGGCUAGCCAAGAAGUGGCACCCUGAUGCAAAUAAAGAUGAUCCUGAAUCGGAAACAAGGUUUCAGGAAAUUUCGAAGGCAUAUGAGGUUCUGAAGGAUGAGGAGAAACGGGCACAGUAUGACCAGUUGGGCCAUGAAAAUUUUGAGGGAGGUGGAGCUGGUCCUGGUGCAGGGUCUUGGGGCAAUCCAUUUCAGGACAUUAAUGAUAUUUUUGGUUUUGGGCGUCAGAAAUUCGGUGGCCAGGACCUAAAGAUAUCCCUUGAAAUUUCAUUUAUGGAGGCUGUUCAGGGAUGUACCAAAAAUAUAACGUUCCACACUGACUUGCCCUGUGAAACUUGUGGCGGAAGUGGUGUUCCUCCUGGAACAAAGCCAGAGACUUGUAAGCGCUGCCAAGGAGCAGGCAUGACAAUCAGUCAAAAUGGUCCAUUCCGAAUCCAGGUCACUUGCCCUCAAUGCCGUGGAACUGGUAAAUAUGUUAAGAGUUUAUGCAAGUCAUGCAAUGGACAGAGAGUGGUGAGAGGACCAAAAACUUUGAAAGUUACUAUAAUGCCAGGGGUAGAUACAAACGAAGAAUUAAGGAUGUCCGGGGCUGGUGGAGCAGAUCCUGAUGGCAACCGGCCGGGUGAUCUUUAUCUUGUUAUCAAGGUCCAAGAAGAUCCUAUUUUUCGCCGAGAAGGACCUGAUAUUCAUGUUGAUGCUGCACUGAAUGUCACUCAGGCAAUCUUGGGAGGGACUAUUCAGAUUCCAACAUUAACGGGAGAUGUUGUUCUUAAGGUUCGUCCAGGAACCCAACCUGGUCAGAAAGUAGUUUUGAAGGGAAAAGGAAUUAAACCAAGAAAUUCGUACUUCCAAGGAAACCAAUAUGUGCACUUCAAUGUCAGCAUGCCAACGAGUUUAACUAAAAGACAACGUGAGUUGAUCGAAGAGUUUGCAAAAGAAGAGCAAGGUGAAUAUGAGAAAGGGGCUGCAGCUGGGGCAUCUAGGUAGCGCUGCAUUAAGAAUGGUUUCAAGGAAAAUGAGAUUUUUUGCGGAUAUGUCAUCUCGACUUCAAUAGGUGGAUGGAGCCUCCAAAGUUUUGAUCCGGAAAGUGCUGCCAUUGGAGCAUUUAACUUACAGAUAUGUAUUGAUUUUGAACAAAACAUUAAGUUAGUGAAUCAUUAUGAUUUAUGGUCCGAGUCUGUGUACCCUAGCAUAAUCUGUCUUGAAAUAUUAAUUGUUGUAUAUAUUAAUAAGUUGCCUUUUUCCAGGUUGGGUUAGAAUGGCAAUUCUCACUUUGUA